UCGUCUGAUUGGUCAGAGCGGUACAGUAGGGGAUGAUUCUAAGCGUUAAACUUUUCUGUCCGUUCCGCUCGCUUGACACAGACGGAGACAAACAGCCCUGCUGUUUACUGCACCGUUCUGCUGCUUUCCUUAAAGCGAUUCCAAAGAUACAACAUGCAAACGAUUCAGAGACACUAGUUCACACAGAAAAGAUGGAGGACGUGGCCUCAGCCCCUGUUCUCGCAGGCCCGUCCCAGCCCACGUUUUCCCGCCCGCCGGGCUCCGAGCGCCGGAACCGUAAGUCUGGCACCGCCAACAUCUUCCAGGGCGUGAACCUGCGGCAGCUGCGGCGGCUCUUCCAGGCAGCGGGAGACCCGGACGCUGAGCAGAGGGCACGGAUGGUGUGGGGGAACCGCAGAGCGGCGGCCGGAGAGGACGGAGCAGACCGGGAGGAGGACGAGGACGGAGCCAGGGCGGAGGUGGAGACGGGUCUGGCCCAGGCGCUGGUGGGGCUCAGAGUCCGAGCGCGGAACCGGAGUGGCUUCAGGGUGGAGGCUCAUAAAGACAGCACAGGAACACGAUGGGUGCGGGCGUUCGGUCAUCUCAGAAUCAAUGAGGGCUCACUGGCACAGACGUCUGAAGUCAUAACUGGAGAUGAAGAUAAUAACGACAAUGAAGAUGAUGAUGCAUCUGCUUUGGGAGCCUGUGGAGGGCAAAGCUCUUUCGAGGCUGGAUCAUGUGACCAAGCUGACUUCCUGCCCCCAGAGGAAGAGGCGCAGGGGCCCUCGGGCGGCCCCAGGUGGAGCUGGAACGCCGUUCAGGAAAAGGACCCGGAGCGAUACCUGCACCGGAUCCGACACUGAUGCAGCGGAGCAGUGCAUCCAAUCAGAUUCCUGCCUGAGAGACUCGCCCUCACCGUAGAUUUACUUGAAGCCACCGCCUCAAUCAAACGCUAGUCUUAACCGAGCAACGAUCAACACUACAGCGGCCAGGAAAGGACAUUAACAAUAAUCCCGCAGGAUUACAGUCCUAUGAAACCUUAAGACACUGUUUACGGGUUUGUGCCAUUCUUAUGUCCUCAGACCUGAUUGCACAACAGUCAAACACUAUUAUAGGGAUAGUUCACCCAGAAAUUACAGUUCUGUCUCAUUUACUCAUCCUCAUGUUGUUACAAACCCCCAAAACAAAGCAAAAAAAAGAUGCUUAUGCUGCUCUUUUCUGAAAAAUAUGAGUGAACUGAGGCAUUUGAGCUCCAAAAAUGACAAAAUCAUCACUAAACAUUUAAAAAUACAGCUCAUUUUUGGGCCGAAUCUCGUAAAGCAUGUUAAGAACAUUUCCAGGUCAUAUUAUACUCCAAAAUCAAAAGAUUAACAAUGAGAUGAUGUUUCUUUUUCAUAAAGCACAUAAACACUUUGUCAUAACUUACAAUGCAAUAAGGAUACAUUAUCUAUAUUUGUAAAGUAUUUAUACUAAUAAACAAACCUAAUUCCUAUUAAAUGCAUUACAAAAGUAUUGUUGAUACAUUACCAAGUCAAAUAAUUAUUAUACAUUUGGUAAAAUAUUUAUACAUAAUGUUGGUAUCUGUUUGCUGUCUUUUAUGCUGAUAAAAUCAUUGUAUUGCAGUGUUUUUUUUUGUUUUUUUUUUACUAUAAUACAGUAAAAAAUAUUGUCUUUCAGUAAUGAGAAUCACCUUUGAGCAUGAGAAUUUGAGAAUUAUAAAAAACUCAAAAUAUUGGGUAAAACUAGAAACAUUUUUCCUUUUGAUUUCAGGGUGAAAAGUGACUUGAUUUGGUUGGAUUCACCCUAGUAUUUGUAUUUGAGUGAAUGGAGGCAGUUGAACUUCGAAAAAAUUACCACCAAAUAUGAUUAUGCACUAUAUUCCAAGUUAUAUGACUUCAGAAGGUUUCAAAAACAGUGCAUGAAUCAUAUAGACUAUUUUAAGCUGCUUUUUUGGUCCUUUUUUUUUUGUAUCUGUGCCCAUUCACUAACUUCAUUGUAAUUAUUUCAUACUGAAAAGAGAAAAUCAUACAGGUUUGGAACAACAUGUGGGCGAGCAAAUGACAAGACUUUCAUGUUUUGGGUGAUCUGUUCCUUUCUCAAUGAAGUCUCACUGAAGCUUCCAGAGUCCCUAUUAGCUUUUUUUUUUGUGUGUGUGUGUGUUUAUAUGAAUGUACAGGGCCGAAGAGUGCUGUGUUUCUAUUAUUUAAUGAUAUGUGCUUGUAUUUUCUUUUUAAAACACUAGUUUCUCAGUAGUUCUCCUUUUACGGGAGCAUUUUGCCUUCCAUUGGUGUUUAAAUGGUUAAUAUCUCAAUAUAUAUAAAAGAAUGUAUUAGCAUUUACUGCAACACUGCAGUUCUCAUCAAAUCAUUAGUGUUGUUUUAUAUACAAAUAGUCUGUGGUAAUAUGUAAAUGAUAGUAUUAUCACCUGUAGAAGUAUGCUGGACACUACUAGUGCUGAUUAUUUAAUGUCUUCUUCUGUCACUCAGACAGACAUUUAGAAGCAAUAUGGAAGAAAACAUGUAGCCGAAAUCAAUAAACACUACCAUAUGCACAAGAACAAGA